AGAUGUUUAGUUUUGAAGGGGAUUUCAAAACGAGGCCCAAGGUGUCCCUCGGAGGCGCCAGUAGGAAGGAAGAAAAGGCUUCUCUUUUACAUCGUACUCAGGAAGAAAGAAGAAAGAGAGAGGAGGAAAGACGAAGAUUGAAAAAUGCAAUAAUUAUACAGUCAUUUAUACGAGGCUACAGAGACCGGAAACAGCAACACGCCGUCCAGAGAAGCGCGUUCGAUCGCUGCGCCGCCGCCUCUCAGUCGGGGGGUACUUUCUGCAUUGCCAGUGGGCCCAACCUUACCCUUCUGGUGAGGCAGCUUCUGUUUUUCUACAAGCAGAACGAAGACUCAAAACGCCUGAUAUGGAUGUAUCAGAACUUAAUUAAACACAGCUCCCUGUUUGUCCAGCAGUUGGAUGGAUCUGAGCGACUUACAUGUUUAUUUCAAAUAAAGAGGUUGAUGAGCCUCUGUUGCAGGUUAUUGCAAAACUGUAAUGAUGACAGUUUGAAUGUUGCACUUCCAAUGAGGAUGCUUGAGGUGUUUUCAUCUGAGAAUACUUAUUUGCCUGUUUUACAAGACGCUAGCUAUGUGGUGUCCAUCAUUGAACAGAUUUUGCACUACAUGAUUCAGAAUGGGUAUUAUAGAUCUCUCUAUUUGUUAAUUAACAGCAAGCUUCCAUCAAGUAUUGAAUAUUCUGAUUUAUCUCGAGUUCCUAUAGCAAACAUUUUGCUAGAGAAUGUUCUGAAACCAUUGCACUUUACUUACAACUCCUGUCCAGAAGGUGCAAGGCAGCAAGUUUUUAGCGCCUUCACUGAGGAGUUGUUGGCAGCACCUUUUACAGAUCAGAUUUUUCAUUUCAUCAUUCCAGCCUUAGCGGAUGCACACACUGUUUUCCCUUACGAGCCCUUCCUGAGUGCACUGUUGUUACUGGAGAGCAGGUGCUCCAAGACAAGCAGUGGGGCACCAUGGCUCUUCUUCUUUGUCUUAACUGUUGGCGAGCAUUACCUGGGGACCCUCUCUGAGGAAGGACUGCUGGUGUAUUUAAGGGUACUCCAGACCUUUCUCUCUCAGCUACCAGUUUCACCUGCCGGCACGAGCUGUCAAGAUUCGGCCAGUGACUCGGAAGAUGAGGGUGAAGCGGCAGACAAGCAGCCGAGCGCUCCGGAGGAUGGUAGGCUCUCAGUACCAUACAUAACAGAGGAGUGUCUGAAGAAGUUGGACACGAAGCAGCAGACCAACACCCUGUUAAACCUGGUGUGGAGGGACUCAGCCAGCGAGGAGGCCUUUACUCUGAUGGCAUCAAUCGGCCACACGCUUAUGGUGCAGCAUCGGAUGGUGGUGCCCAAAGUCAGGCUUCUCUACAGUUUAGCCUUUAAUGCCAGGUUUCUGAGACAUCUUUGGUUUCUCAUCUCUUCUAUGACAACACGGAUGAUCACAGGGUCUAUGGUGCCGCUGCUCCAGGUGAUCUCUAGGGGUUCUCCGAUGUCUUUGGAAGACUCCAGUCGGAUCAUCCCUCUCUUCUACCUGUUUAGCUCUCUGUUCAGUCACUCGCUAAUUUCCAUACAUGACAAUGAAUUCUUUGGAGAUCCCAUAGAAGUUGUAGGUCAAAGACAAUCAUCAAUGAUGCCUUUUACUCUAGAAGAGCUGAUAAUGUUGUCUCGUUGCCUUCGAGACGCCUGCCUAGGGAUCAUCAAGUUGGCUUAUCCAGAAACAAAACCAGAAGUUCGAGAAGAAUAUAUUACAGCAUUUCAAAGUAUUGGAGUUACAACUAAUUCUGAAAUGCAACAAUGUAUACAGAUGGAACAGAAACGAUGGAUUCAGUUAUUUAAGGUGAUCACCAAUCUAGUGAAAAUGCUGAAGGCCAGAGACACAAGGAGAAAUUUCUGUCCUUCGAACCACUGGCUGUCCGAACAAGAAGAUAUUAAAGCAGAUAAGGUCACCCAGCUCUAUGUCCCAGCUUCCAGACACGUGUGGAGGUUCCGGCGGAUGGGGAGAAUCGGCCCCCUGCAGUCGAGCCUGGACGUGGGUUUGGAGUCCCCGCCUCUGUCUGUGUCCGAGGAGAGACAGCUGGCCAUCCUGACAGAGCUGCCCUUCGUGGUUCCAUUCGAGGAGCGAGUCAAGAUCUUUCAGAGGUUGAUUUAUGCAGAUAAGCAAGAAGUUCAAGGAGAUGGUCCAUUUCUGGAUGGAAUUAAUGUCACAAUAAGAAGAAAUUAUAUUUACGAAGAUGCUUAUGACAAACUUUCCCCAGAAAAUGAGCCUGAUUUGAAAAAGCGGAUCCGUGUGCACUUACUCAAUGCCCAUGGCCUGGACGAAGCUGGCAUCGACGGUGGUGGGAUUUUCAGAGAGUUUCUGAAUGAGCUGCUCAAGUCAGGAUUUAACCCCAACCAGGGGUUCUUCAAGACCACUAAUGAGGGGCUCCUGUACCCCAGCCCAGCCGCUCAGAUGCUCGUGGGAGAUUCCUUUGCCAGACACUACUACUUCCUGGGCAGGAUGCUUGGAAAGGCUCUCUAUGAAAAUAUGCUGGUAGAAUUGCCCUUUGCUGGCUUCUUCCUGUCCAAAUUGCUUGGAACCAGCGCAGACGUGGACAUCCAUCAUCUCGCCUCGUUAGAUCCCGAAGUGUAUAAGAAUCUGCUUUUUCUCAAGAGCUACGAAGGCGACGUGGAGGAACUUGGGCUGAACUUCACUGUGGUGAACAAUGACCUGGGAGAGGCACAGGUGGUCGAACUAAAAUUUGGUGGGAAAGACAUCCCUGUCACCAGUGCCAACAGGAUUGCGUAUAUCCACCUUGUCGCCGACUACAGGCUGAACAGGCAAAUCCGUCAGCACUGUCUGGCCUUCAGACAGGGCCUGGCCAACGUGGUGAACCUGGAGUGGCUGCGAAUGUUUGAUCAGCAGGAGAUCCAGGUAUUAAUUUCUGGUGCACAAGUUCCCAUAAGUCUAGAGGACCUAAAAUCCUUUACAAACUAUUCAGGAGGCUAUUCCGCCGACCAUCCUGUAAUCAAAGUCUUUUGGAGAGUUGUGGAAGGAUUCACCGAUGAAGAAAAGCGCAAGCUGCUCAAGUUCGUAACGAGCUGCUCCCGACCCCCUCUCUUGGGGUUUAAGGAGCUGUACCCUGCGUUCUGCAUUCACAACGGAGGCUCUGACCUCGAGCGGCUCCCCACGGCCAGCACCUGCAUGAAUCUGCUGAAGCUCCCCGAGUUCUAUGACGAGACACUUCUGCGAAGUAAGCUUCUCUACGCUAUCGAAUGUGCUGCCGGCUUUGAGCUGAGCUGAGCCGAGACGGGGACUGACCCUCCGCAGAGGAGAUGCCCAGGCCUGUGGCUGCACCGUGGGCAGUUCCCCCGGCCGCCAAGGGCGCUGGGGCCAGACUCCUGCAGCUCUCCUGCCCCUCCCCCGUCCCUUAUGCCCCGUCCUCCAUUUUCUAGAUGGUCCGUUAAGUCAUGGUCACUCACUUAGAUGGACACUGCUUUUCCAAUAACUUAGAGUAACCAAUGUUAUGUGCCAUGUGGCUACUUUAGUAACUUUGCCAAGAAGAGC